AUGAGUGGUGAACCCAUUGAUAAUGAGAAAAUACGAUAUUAUGACUUGUGCAAAAGAUCGUUUGAAAAGGCUUUGGAUUUGGAUAUAACGAAUGACAUGUUUUUAGUAUAUUAUGUGAAAUUGUUAACAUCACAAAGGCUUGUUAAAGAAGCUUUAAAUGUCAUAAAAAAUUUUAAUAAAGAGAAUCCAAAUAUGAUAACAGGAAAACGACUUUUAUUCGAAGUUUUGUAUGAAUUUAAAAAAAAUGAAAAAGAAUGGGUUAGUGCUGGAAUAAUUUAUCAUAAAUUGGAUCCUAAUGUACUUUAA